AUGAAUAUUAUUCAAAAUCAGACAAGUUAUUAAUAUCUCAACCAUCAAUUACUUAUCAAAAUGGAAGUGCUACUUCAACUUCAAACUUCAUAUCUAAUUUUACUUUUAUAUACCUGAGUUCUGAUUUUUCUUUUAAUAUAUCAAAAAUACUUAACAAUCAUUGUAUAUAUGGAGUUAUGAAUAGUCUCUGUAAAAAAGCUAUGGCUAUUAGAUUUGAUACUAGCUCUGCAGCAAUAGAAUCACUUAAUACGUUUCUAGAGAAUUUUAUUCAACAAUAUUCUGUAAAUUCUAAUCAACACUUGGUCACUAAUACUGCUUUAAGUAAAAUUCAAGAUAAUGAAUUAAGUGAUUUAGAUGAUCAAAAAAAUGUCCUACUAUUUGAUGUAUCUACUAUACAAGAUCUAGUGAUUAAAAAAAGAAAAAGAGCAUCAAGAGUUAAGUGUAUUAAAAGUUCUCUUGAAACAAAAAAUAUUCAAUCAAAUACUAAGAAAGAGAAAGCUAAAUAUUUUUGUUCUCGCUAUAAGUAG